AAGACCCACCCACAAGUGGGAUAUGACCGUUAUUGUACUGCCGACUCUGGCUGACGCUUUGGAUCACAACACGAAAAUAUUGACUGUUUUUCUCCCUACCAGUUGUGACGGAUAAACAAAUCGAAUGAGAAGGGAUAUUUACGUUGAACCGUGUGAGUCCUGUUUAGUGGAAGAAGGAUGGAGACUCUGAUUCCCACCAUUAACCGUCUGCAGGAGGUUUUCCUCACAGUGGGUGCAGAGACCAUUCAGCUUCCUCAGAUCGUAGUGGUUGGAUCACAGAGUAGCGGCAAGAGCUCCGUGUUGGAGAGCCUGGUGGGGCGUGAUUUCUUGCCUCGAGGAUCAGGGAUAGUCACCAGACGACCGCUGGUGUUGCAGCUCGUCAAUGUAGCCCCACUGGAGGAACGACUGAAGACUGAGAAUGGAAAUGAGGUUAAACAAACUGGCCAAAACAGUUAUCCAGGUGUCAAAGCUGAAGAAUGGGGCACAUUUCUGCACUGCAAGAAUCAGAUUUUCACAGAUUUUGGGGAAAUUUGUCAUGAAAUUGAAGCGGAGACUGAAAGGGCUUCAGGCAAUAACAAGGGGAUUGCUCCUGAGCCCAUACAUUUGAAGAUUUUCUCCCCCAAAGUCCUUAAUCUCACCCUUGUUGAUUUACCUGGGAUUACUAAAGUUCCUGUUGGUGAUCAGCCCGAGGACAUCGAGUCUCAAGUGCAAGAGAUGAUCUUGUCCUUCAUCUCCAAUCCCAAUUCCCUCAUCCUGGCUGUCUCCCCAGCCAACUCUGACUUGGCCACCUCUGAUGCUCUGAAAUUGGCUCGAGAGGUCGAUACAGAUGGUCGACGGACUCUGCUGGUAGUCAGCAAGCUGGACUUGAUGGAUGCAGGGACAGACGCUUUGGAGGUCCUUCUUGGUCGGGUCAUUCCAGUUAGGCUUGGUAUCAUCGGGGUGGUUAACAGGAGCCAGCAUGACAUCAACACUCAUAAGAGCCUGGAGGACUCCAUGAAGGAUGAGCAGGCGUUCUUGCAGCGUCACUACCCCUCGCUCGCCUCCCGGGCCGGCUCACGCUAUCUGGCCAAAACACUCAGCAGACUUCUUAUGCACCACAUCAGGGACUGUCUGCCGGACCUCAAGACCCGCGUGACGGUGCUCAGCGCCCAGUACCAGGCACGCCUCAACAGCUACGGCCAGCCGGUGGAGGACCACAGUGCUACCCUGUUGCAGAUUGUCACCAAGUUUGCUAGCGAUUACUGCAACACCAUCGAGGGAACAGCCCGUUACAUUCAGACCUCUGAGCUCUGUGGCGGAGCCCGGAUCUGUUACAUAUUCCACGAAACCUUCGGCCGCACCUUGCAGUCCAUCGACCCGUUAGGAGGGCUGACAGAGCUUGAUAUCCUCACUGCCAUCCGCAAUGCUACCGGUCCACGACCUGCACUUUUUGUCCCAGAGGUUUCCUUUGAGCUGCUGGUGAAACGUCAAAUCAAGCGUCUGGAGGAGCCCAGUCUACGUUGUGUAGAGCUGGUCCAUGAAGAGCUGCAGAGGAUCAUUCAGCACUGCUCAUCCUUUAGCACGCAGGAGCUUCUUAGAUUCCCCAAACUGCAUGAUUCCAUUGUGGAAGUCGUGACUGGAUUACUGAGGAAGCGCUUGCCAAUCGCCAAUGAAAUGGUGCACAAUUUAGUAGCAAUAGAGCUUGCCUACAUCAACACAAAGCAUCCAGACUUCACAGAUGCAGCGCAGGUGUCAGCAUCCGUCAACAGCCAGCAGGUAGAGACCCUUGAUGGAACAAAGCGCUGGAAGAAUGAGAUGGUUGCUGAGGAGAAAGCCCCAGCUGCAGGCUUUGGCAGUCCCAGCAAAGGCCAGCCUAUUAACCUUCUUGACACAGCGGUGCCUGUGUCUCGCAAGCUGAGUUCAAAGGAGCAAAGAGACUGCGAAGUCAUCCAGCGCCUCAUCAAGUGCUACUUCCUCAUUGUUCGCAAGACCAUCCAAGACAACGUACCCAAGACCGUCAUGCACUUCCUGGUGAACUUUGUGAAAGAGCAUCUCCAGAGCGAGCUGGUAGGUCAGCUCUACAAGCAGCCGCUACUGCAGGAGCUGCUCAUUGAGUCACAGGACACGGCACAGCAGAGGACAGAGGUGGCUCAAAUGCUGGAGGCCCUUAAAAAAGCCAAUAACAUCAUCUCUGAGAUCAGAGAGACCCACCUGUGGUAGCUCGUGGACACACACCCUCUUUUUACCAGAUGAGAUCAUGUUGGAUGAUUGUGUGUGUGUGUGUGUGUGUGUGUGUGUGUGUGUGUGUGUGUGUGUGUGUGUGUGUGUGUGUGUGUGUCAGAAGCCCCACUUUUUCCUGGACCAACGAGCAUAACACAUUUAGCUCCACCGUUGCCCUGAGCCGGGCUUCUCACUCAGGCCACAUGAUAUCAAUGUGAACCACAACCUGUGAACAAACUCCUUUUGUGUGGUUUUGUCAUGUAACAAGUAAAUGACAUGUGGAAUAUUAAUGUUUGGUAGUUUCCUGCCUGUCCUACAGGCCCAUUUAGCAGGUUGGGAGUAUGCUUUUUAUUUAGAUGCACUCCAGUUUGAAAGCCCAUCGCUGCAUCUCUAUUUGCUGACCACAAGAAGACAAGAAUUGUACAGGUUUUGUGCAGUAUCCAUCCCAAAAAUGUUUGCAGGAGCUAAGGUCAAAUGUUAUAUUGGGUGGUACAUGUUGCUUGUUGGUGCUCUGGCAGAUGUCAUUUUUGUUCAAGAACCGUAUUGAUUUUGAUCGAUGUCCAAUCCCCCCAAUUAAGCUGUUUGGAAUCCUACUUGUGUAAUAGCUGCAAUUUUCUACCAAUGUUCACACUUGGAGCAAGGAGCCAAUUGAUUUUGUACAGUAUUCUGAGAUGUUUGACGUCGCUGAGGUCAGAGGUCAUAGUACCAAGCAGCACUCUUGAUAGAUGCCACUUUCAACAGCUUUCAAGAAGUGCUUGUAAGUUAUUUUCUACAAAGUGAAUUGAGGUAGCUGAGGUCGACAGUGAUGCAAUUGACAUAUCAGAGCAGGGCGCUAUUGAUUUUGGAAAGUAUUAGCGAUUUAUGAGGCAGCUGAAGUGGAAGGCUCCUUGUUGCAUUGCUCAAUCCCAAAACUUAAGGGGUCAUUUUCCAUGUCUGAGCAGGAACUCUGUUGAUUUUGGACCAUUGAUAGAGGUAUCUGAGGUCAAAGAACUUAUUGAUUUUGUGGUAUAUGCAACUUGUAAGCCAUCUCCAAAAUGUUAAGUGGCCAUUGUUCUAGGGCAGAGCCAGAACACUACUGAUUUUGUACGAUAUUUGAUAUGAUUCAAAAUGGCAGAAGUAGCUGAGGUCAAAGGUUACAUUAGUUGUGUUGCUGUCUACUUGGUGCGUUUUUCACACUGUCAGAGCAAGGGCUCUAGUGGUUUUGUACAAUAUGACAAAUUUAUGAGGCAGCUGAGGUCAUAGGACAGAUCAGGAGCUUACGCUCUUUGUUAGAACUCUUAAGGUGCAACUUUCACCCACUUUUAGGGCUCAUAGCAAGAACCAUGUUGAUUUUCUAUGAAAUCUGAUUCAACAGUGACUGAGGUGGGUGAGAUCAAAUGUCAGACAUACAAGCUCCCUGUCGGACGUGCGAUUUUCAUUGUCAUAGCAAGAACGGUAUUGAUUUUAGUGCUAUUUGAUAAUCAGAUACACAGCAAGAGUUACAUGUUUUUUUUUUAAACCACAGCUCUGGUUGAAGGCACAUACUUUCCACUGUGUCAAAGUAAGAGCCCUAUUGAUUUUGAAGUAAAAUUUGUCUUUCCUCAAAUGACUCACUGGGUCGAACAAUCCAAGGUUGGGUCACGGGGCCAGCAGCAGUCUGUGAAACAAUGGUACAACACAUUUUAAUGUUAAGAAAUAGUCUGGACAUAUUUUGUUACUUUAUGGGAAAUAAUAUAACAACCUAAAUUGAAACCCUUUUGAGAGAGAUCAACUCCCUGAGCUUUAAAGUGUGCACACGUCCUGCUUGUUGCAUCUUUGCCCCCAAUACUUAAUCUGCUCCUAUACCACACAUAUUCCUUGAUUACUGUGGAGAAGUACUGCUUGAUUUGUGAAAUAAGCAUGGGCCAAAACUGUUGUUGGGACAUAUUCUUCCCCGGAAGUCUGUGGCUAGUGUAGUAUUGAGGCCAUACUGGGAAAAAAAAAAAAGGUUUCAUUACAAAAAAAAUGCAAGAAACGAAUGGGGGGUGGGGCGCAAAAUUCCUAUUUAUGUUUGUAAUUUAUUUACUUUAUUCCCAUAAAAUGACCAAUAAAAGUAAUAGACAUAAUAGUAUUCUUCUAAUUCUGUGUCUCUUACUUUAUAGUUUUUUUUUGUCAGUGUGGCCCUAAUACUCCUUGGUACGUUCUUUUUUUUAGAUUAUUUUGUUAUAAAUACAUUUAAUGAGACCAUCUAACAUCCUCCUCUUAUCAAAAUCAGGGAGCCAAACUUCAUGAACAAGCUGUGUAUGUUUGCACGUGUUUAGUAUGCAUAUAUGGAAGUAUGAAUGUGUGUAUUUUGUAUUAUUUAAGUGUAAAUUAUUCCUAUAUCAUAAUGUGUGGACUGCCUGUGAGUUCUUGCCUGCCAAUAUUUGUGAUGUUUUACUCUUGGAGGACAUUAAAGACGAAACGAAGGACACCAUA